GGACGCGAACGAGGCCGUCGUUGGUGCUUGAUUAGUCGAUGCUUCUUUUCCCCAUCCCUCACUUUCCCUCCAUCUAUCUCCAGUCCUACAAUAAUGAACCCUCUAUUAGCAGCCUCCAGCGCUGCAAACCCCAACAACACUUCCGUGGACGACGACAAGCUGUCAGACUAUGUUCCCAACUCACGCGAUCUGAGCGUUUCUCGCGCUCCUUCUGUAAUAGCUUCCGAAGAUGCAGGUCAUCUCGACACCGCACCACAAACACCUGAGCCGGAGGAAGAUGAGGAGGAUGAGAUUCCCGAGGAUGAAUUGAACGAGGAGGAAUUAAUGGAUGGAAAGAAGAUCACACCUUCUGCUGCCAAGCGUGCUGCCCAGGCUAGUGCGAAAAAGGCGCAAACGGCAGAAAGAAAAGCUCAGCAUGCGGAAAUCGGUAAGAAGCGAAGUGCCAUUGAGCAAGCAAGGUUUGCGGACUCUAUGAAGAGAUUCAACUAUUUACUUGGACAGACCGAGCUUUUCCAGCACUUUAUCGAUCUCAAGCGCCAACGAGAGCCCCAGUUUGCGCAAAUGCUGGACGAGCAGAUUGCCAAGCAAGCGGGUAAGGGUAAAAAGAAGGCAAUCGAUAACCGACACCGCAAGUCUGAAAAGGAAGAAGAUGAAGAACUUUUGAAGGAUGAAGAAGAGGAUGAACCGUUCGUGUUCGAGGAGAGUCCGGCGUACGUCAAGGGCGGCAAGAUGCGAGAUUAUCAAGUUCAGGGCCUAAACUGGAUGGUUUCUCUGCACCACAACGGUAUCAAUGGUAUUCUUGCUGAUGAAAUGGGUCUCGGCAAAACUUUGCAAACUGUCGCUUUCAUCGGAUAUCUCAAAUUCCACCUAGGUAUCCCCGGACCUCACCUCAUCAUUGUCCCCAAAUCUACACUCGACAACUGGGCUAGAGAAGUUGCCAAGUGGGUCCCAGGAUUCGAUGUCGUUGUGCUCCAAGGCACCAAGGAAGAGCGAGGCGAACUCAUCUCAAGGCGUAUCCUCACUCAAGACUUUGACGUUCUCAUCACGUCAUACGAAAUGUGUCUUCGAGAAAAGUCUACUCUCAAACGAUUUAGCUGGGAGUAUAUUAUCAUUGACGAAGCUCAUCGUAUCAAGAAUGUCGACUCCCUUCUUUCGCAGAUUAUUAGGACGUUCGUCAGUCGUGGAAGGUUACUGAUUACCGGUACACCAUUGCAAAACAAUUUGCAAGAGCUGUGGGCCUUGUUGAACUUUAUCUUGCCCGACGUCUUCUCUUCCAGUGAGGACUUCGAUGCCUGGUUCAAGACCAAGGACGAAGCCGAUCCCGACGCCGUUGUCAAGCAACUCCACAAAGUCCUCCGACCUUUCCUGCUUCGACGAGUCAAAGCCGAUGUCGAGCACUCUCUCUUGCCAAAGAAGGAGAUUAACCUUUAUGUCGGUAUGACUGAGAUGCAGAGGAAGUGGUACAAGAGUCUUCUGGAGAAGGAUAUCGAUGCCGUCAACGGUAUGACUGGUAAGAAGGAGGGCAAAACGAGGUUGUUGAACAUUGUUAUGCAACUCCGAAAAUGUUGUAACCACCCAUACCUCUUUGAUGGCGCCGAGCCCGGGCCGCCUUUUACCACCGAUCAGCAUCUUGUUGACAAUGCUGGUAAAAUGGUCAUUCUUGACAAACUCCUCAAAUCCAUGAAGGCGAAGGGUUCUCGGGUUCUCAUCUUUUCUCAAAUGAGUAGAAUGUUGGACAUCUUGGAGGAUUACUGUCAGUUCCGUGGACACCAGUACUGCCGUAUUGAUGGUAGUACCGCUCAUGAGGACCGAAUCGCUGCGAUUGACGAGUACAACGCCCCUGAGAGUGAGAAAUUCGUAUUCCUUCUUACUACCCGAGCUGGUGGUUUGGGUAUCAACCUUGUUACCGCCGACAUUGUCGUUCUCUUUGAUUCAGACUGGAACCCUCAAGCCGAUUUACAAGCUAUGGACAGAGCUCACCGUAUUGGUCAGACAAAGCAAGUCUACGUCUUUAGGUUCAUCACGCAGGAUGCUGUAGAGGAACGUAUCCUUGAACGAGCCACACAAAAGCUCAAGCUGGAUCAGCUUGUUAUCCAGGAGGGCAGGGCACAGCAAACUGCUAAAGUGGCCCAGAACAAGGAUGACUUGCUUGACAUGAUUCAACAUGGCGCGGAGAAGAUUAUCAACAACAAGGAGAGCAUGUUGAUUGAUGACGACAUCGAUGAAAUUAUUCGACGAGGAGAGGAAAGGACCAAGGAGAUUAACAGCAAAUAUGCCGGUCUCGACCUUGACGCUUUGAAUAACUUCAAGUCUGAAAGUCUGGUAAACACCUGGGAAGGCGAGGAUUAUGGCAACAGGCAACAAAAACGUCCCCUUCUUUGGAUUGAGCCUUCCAAACGAGAGCGAAAGACCAAUUAUUCUGUGGAUCAGUAUUACCGAGACUCUCUCAAGACUGGAGGGCCCAAGGCGGACAAACCCAAGGUUGCUCGUGCUCCCAAGCAGGUCGUCGUCAACGACUUCCAGUUCUAUCCCCCUCGUCUUGCGGAGCUACAGAACAAGGAGACCGACUGGCACAGGAAGAGUAUCAACUACCAAGUACCUGUGAGGGAACCUGAAGAAGGAGAGACACAAGAACAGGUGGAGGCUGAGCAAAAGGAGGAACAGGAAAGGAUCGACAAUGCCGUCCCCCUCUCGGAAGAGGAAGUUGCAGAAAAGGAAACUCUUGUUGGUGAAGGGUUCCACGACUGGCAGCGGAGGCAUUUCCAGUCUUUCAUCAGAGCAUUGGAAAAGUACGGGCGAGAUGAUCUGGAAAAGGUCGUGACCGAUGUUGCGGACCGAACAGAGGAUGAAGUCAGGGAGUAUGCGGCUGUCUUUUUUGAAAGAUAUAAGGAACUCAAGGAUUGGGAGAGGAUCAUGGACCGUAUCCGAGCAGGUGAAGAAAAGAUUAAGGAGCAGCAAGACCGUAUCGAUGUCCUCCAUCGCAAGAUCAAAGCUACUCGUUUCCCUCUCCAGGAACUCAAGAUCGUCUACGGUCAAAAUAAAGGCAAGGCUUAUAGCGACGAAGAAGACCGAUUCUUGCUUGUGAGGAUGCACCACCACGGUAUCGAUAGGGACGACUGUUACGAAUUGAUCAAGCGAGAUAUUGGGGAAUGGCCACUUUUCAGGUUUGACUGGUUUUUCAAGAGUCGGACUCCUGAUGAGCUCAGGCGACGGGCUCAAACUUUGUUGUUAUGUAUCAUGAAGGAAGAUGAUAAGGUUGAGGAUGAAAAGAAGCCUAUCAAGGGCAAGAAACGUCCGAUUGACGAGCUCAAAUCUGGUCCGGGAUCAAGAGACACCACACCAAGUGCAGCCGGGUCAAAGGGUAGCAAGAAGAAGAAGGUGUAGGGAUAGUAGUCGGCGCGUAAUACGUAACAUUCGGGUUGAAGUAGAUGUCACCUUUCCAUUUCUAGUUGCCUUGUAUGCACAGAAUCGCU